ACGUGACACAUAUUUUUGUUUGUAAUCAAAAUGGACUUCCAGACUGUCAGAAUUUAUGGUUCCUUAGUCGUAAUUAUGGGAUGCUUUAUAUUUUUGUAUCCAAAGUUGUUGCAUCCUAUGGUCCUAAGUGUGUUUGGAUUAAAUGCUAAGUCAGAAGUUGUGAAGGAAAACGAUUUUAUCCCACCACCACUACGGAACCAGCAUCAACAUGUACCCAAUUCAAAGGGGAAACCAGACAUUCCAGAAAAUAUUAAAAACAUGAGGCAUGGUCCCCACCCUGGUAUGCGGGCAGCAGCAGCAGACCAAGGCAAGCAGACACGGGGGUCGGGUCGCGGUGGAAUGAUGAGUGUCAUACUUCCUAUGUACGCCAUUGGCAUCGUAGUCUACCUUGUGUAUACACUUACUAAGGUGUUUGGAAAGAAAGACAAAAAAGAUGGUUCUGAUCAACAAAGCCCGACACAUCAGCCGAAAUCCCCAGUAUAUGAGGACGUGCCCCUAGAUGAUGAAGGUACGGUACCCCAAGUUCCCCAGUCAGCAGGGGACCCCAUGUCCAAAGAAAAUUUACAGGGACAGCUUGACCAGCUACAGGCUUUUGCUAAUAGCGUACAGGAUAAAAACCUCAAGGAAAUGGACAUCAGAAAGUUACAGGAGCGUCUGGCCGAGACCGAGUCCCAGAUGACCAAAAUCCUCAUGGCCAUGCAGUCCGUGCAGAACAAGAUGGGGGAUGUCUCCGUACAACCAGCACAGGGGAAUAACUCCGCAAAUGCUUCUGAGAGCGGGAAGAAAGAGGCCACUGAAAAGGAGAGUAAUGAUCAGUCCUCCGAGUCUACCCCAGACUCUGACAGUUUUGAGAUAGUGAACAAGUCUGACCGGGAGUCAAGCGGUGAGGAAACAGGGAGCCAGUCUGUGGAGACACUGCUGCCAGAAACUGUUGACAGUGAUGACACAGAGCCAGCUGGGGACCAACUAAGUGAUCAAGGCAAACAGGAAGAAGAUGGACAAGAUGAAGAGGAAGUGUUGCUGGAUGCUGCUGGUAAGAAGGAAGUUGAUGAGGAGGACACGACGGUGCGCAAACGCCAUCCCAAUCCCCUACCACAGGACUCCUGAGUCACCAUCUGGGCCGGGAUAUAUGGGCUGGGUGGCUUGAAACUUUGUACAGAUUGUUAAGCUAACAGGGUGUAUCAAAACUGGUUUUACAGAGUCAUUAUCUUGAGUUUGUGAAAGUGAACGGUGUUAAAUGAUUCCAUACCUGUUAAUAUAUAGUAAGGCUUAAAUAUUUUUAUCUGAGUUAUGGCAACGGUUUUUGAAUACUAGGUGGAGUAGGGACAAAAUGUUGUUGUUGUUUUUUGUCCAGUUAAAACAGUAAAGCAAGUUGCGAAUGCUUAUCAUGAUAUUUAAAUAUAUUGUGUAUUAAAUCAUAAAUAUAUAAUGUUUUUAAAUAUAUCAUGUUUUUAAUUGUAAUCAACACAAAUGGUCAACAAUAACUAAUAAUUUGAAAAUCAGAAUACCUUUUAUCUAAGUAACUCGAGUCUAGAGUUCAGAGGUUUUACCAGGUCGACUGGGUCCAGUUGCCCUUAACAUAGUCCUUACUAAAAAACAAAACCUUUCUGUCUUUACAAUAUUAUUCUUUUCAAUAGUAUUAAACAGGAACAUAUUCUUUGAUAAUGAGAAACAUCUCCAAAUAAUUAAUGAUCAGUGACGUUGAAAAUCCACUGGUUUGCUUAACAGGCUGCUUAAGGUUAAGGUCCCUGGGCUCCUGACUUGAUUGCCUUGUGAUGCUUGAAUGGCCAUAGACUCACCACUUGUUUUACAGCAUUGGUUUGGUCUGCAAGCUCUGACAUGGCAUUCAAGUUAAAUGUUUUGUUCAUGUUUGCUUUAUAAGCUGUGUUAUGAAGAAGUUCAAGUUAAAAUGUGAUUAAACAAAUGAUGGGUUUUGUUUUGGAAUAUAAGUUAUACAUGCAUUGUGGUUGUAAAUUUUCUUUUACUUCACUUUUUAAUAUCUUAAGUAUACAUGUAUGAUAUUUGUUGUUGGACAAAAAGAUCUGUUUAUUGAUUAUAUUGUCAGCUUUUGUAGAUUUACCAAAGCCUAUGUUUGAAAUCCAGGAUCAGCCUGUAUGCCUGACAAUUAAGUUUUUAAUUUACAAGUUUAUUUAUAGCUUUUAAGUUAUUUUUUUAUUUUUAUUUUAAUGAGUUACACUUGUGCAAACAUAUAUAGAUCAAAACAUUGAAGACAACAACUUUCAUUUACCCAGAUUUACAAUAGAGCAUGAUGCAGUUAUUCUCGCCAGAAUUUGAUCAAAAUUAUCGCAUGAGAGCUAUAGAUCGUAUCAAUGGACUUAAUUUAAUGGAAUAAUUGUUUCAGUUCUGGUUUUUCCUAUGUACUUAACACAGUGUUAAGAUUUUUGACCUAAUUUUUCUCAAUAUUUUUCCUGCUGGGUAUUUUCUAUCCUAGCGUAGUAUCUAUCCUAGCAUGUUAUUUUUCCUAGCAUAUCCUUGCAUAUUAUAUAUCCUGUUUAUUAUAUAUCCUAGCAUAAUAUCUAUCCUAGGGUACUAUCAGUCCUAGCAUAUCCUAGUAUAUUAUUCUGGUAUAUUAUCCAUCCUAGCAUAUCCUUAUAUCCGUAUAUUUCAGUAUAAGGUUGUUUUAUUUAGAAAACUAUGUACUUGAAUAUUUAUGUUUCAAAGUUGAUUAGUAUAUCUGUUCUUUAAUGUAUAAGUAUAUGAGCCUACUAUCAAAUUGUACUCCAUUUUUAUUUUGUCCUUUGGAUUAAGAAAUUUUAAGAACAUAAGUGAUAAUUUUAUACCCAUUGAAUAAGUGCGGGUUGCGUGUAUAACAAGAAACUUCGUGUAAACUUGUAGGUUGGAGUUGUAAUAUGUUAAUAUGUCUAGAUAUUUUGCAUGUUAAACGUGAUAGAAAGAAAAACUAUGUAUUGUAAACUGUAAAUGGGAAUAUCAUUUGUCAUUUACCGGUAGUAUUACGGUAAUUUAGCUUUCAUUCUUAAUAUUGUGUGCAAUGAUUUUUAAAGAGUUUUCUUUUGAGAUUAGUUUUAUUUUGUUUCAUGUGUUUAAAUCCUAAUUUUAAUUUGUAGAUAUGUAUAAAUGUGCGUAAUUUUCAUUUAACAUUUCACUCGGGAGAAGGUUUAAGUUUUUACAUAAAUUCACGUGUGUUGAUCUUCAUCACAUCUUCCCCGGUUGUUCACGGUUUUAUUCUUGUUGUAUAAAUUAUUUUUACUUUAUUUUGUUGUGCUCACGUUUUCUAUUAGUAUGUGAUAUAUCAUGAAUCUCAUGGACUUACUUGACAUUUUAGUGUUGUAAUUAAGGUAGGUGAUCCACAAAUAUGAGAAUUUUGGAUGCUUGGCGACUCCUUAUUAUUUUGGUAGUGUUUUAAUUCGUUUUAUGUACAAAUACAGAAAAAUAAAAAAAAAUACGAAAAUAAUUUAACAAACAAGGGUUAUUGGCCUUGGCAUUUGACAUCGGAUUUCAUAACAUACAAACUAAAAUAACUUUAUGUAUAAUGUGCAUCAGUUGAUUAAUUUUAUAUAUUUGUAAUCAGCCAUUGAAUACUUUUCAAAUGAUACCAAACUUACAUGGGGUCAUAAAGCAUCAACAUCGAACAUUCAGGUUAAUAUGGCUUUCAGAGAACUAGCUCAUUUUAGGGUCUGAUUCCCUUAGUAUACAACAAGCAUAUAUUACAUAUAUGUGUUAGUAUAGAAUAUUCAAAUUGUUAUGCAUUAAUUGUGUCAUGUAACAAUAAUUUUGCUACUAAAAGGCCUGUUUGAUAUUACAUUGCAUCAUCUUCAAUCUCAUUGAAAUCAGAUCCCCAAUACACGCUUCACGACGUUACGCUAUGUGGAGCGAUCGUACAUAACGUAAUGAAAUGAAGUGAACGAUUUUAAUGAGAUUGCAUCAUCUUGGAACACCGAAAUUCAAAUAUUUUGUUGCAAGUUGAAAAUGGAUAAACUGCUGUAACAAGCUUUUUCUCUCUUUUGUAAUCUCAAAUUAGUUUACAACUGUUGCUAAUUCAAUGUUUGUUUACUUUACUGUGUGAGAAAUAAAAACAGUAAACCACUU